AUGAAAUGCCAGAAUGAGGAGCAGCGCAAACGCUCGGCGCAAGCCGGUCAGACGAAAGAGGUCACGGGUCAGGUGACCAACCACAGUACCCAGGACUUCAACAGCGGUGACCCUGAUCCAGGCAGUGAGACUCCCCCAGUGGAACCGGUCCCCAGAGCGGGUGACAAGCAGCCAACGUAUGACACAGGGUCUAGGGUAGCCAGCCCAAAGAAGGAAGAGCGUUUUGUUAGGAAGGAGAAGAUCAAGUGGCCCAGAGCCAGCGACAAGGCCACCUGGGAAGUUCUAGGCAGCGACUUGAGUAACAUCUUAGAGCAAGGCCUCAAGGGAGAUGUCGAAAGAAAGCUGAACAAGUUUGGCAACAUGGUGUAUGACUUUUGCAGUGGGAGGCUUGGAACACUGUCGAGUGACUGUAGAUCUAGCGAACCAAGACGUAUAAGCAGAAGGCAGAAGGAGAUUUCUAAGCUGAUCAUCAGAAGGAGACAUCUGAGGAAGCUAUGGAGAAAAGCAGGUCCAGAUGAGAAAGUUGGUCUCCAAGUUCUGUGGGAGGAGGUUAGAACUAGGCUGAAGUGUCUGAGAAGAGCUGAGAGGUUGAGAAGGAAGCGUAAGAGGAAAGAGAACCAGAGGAAACAGUUUUUCAGAAACCCCUUCAAGUUUGCGAAGUCACUGUUAGAAGAGAAGAAGGGAGGGGAUCUUACCAUUGGAGUGGAAGAUCUGGAAGCCCACUUGAAAGCAACGUAUUCUGACCCAGAGAAAGACAGGCCGCUAGAUUCUCCGGGGUACGUACCAAGACCUGCAGAACCUUCAGUUCCGAUGGAUGUCACUCCCCCAAAAUGGAGUGAGGUGUUGGCAGCAGUCAAGAGGGCUAGAGCAGCAGCAGCCCCAGGCCCGAACGGAGUCCCCUACAGAGUCUACAAAAUGUGUCCGAAGACACUGAGAGUACUGUGGAAACUCAUGCAAGUUGCCUGGAGGAAGAAAUGUGUGCCAGUAUCCUGGAGGAGAGCAGGCGGAGUACUAAUCCCGAAGGAGCGAGUGUCAUCCACUAUAGACCUGUUCCGAAACAUCUCCUUGCUCAACGUAGAGGGCAAGCUGUUCUUUACAAUACUGGCAAAACGUCUCACUAGUUUUCUGCUCUCCAACAGCUAUAUAGACACACAAGUACAGAAAGCGGGCAUUCCAGGCUUCCCAGGCUGUAUUGAGCAUGCUAACACUAUAUGGAGGCAGAUUCAACUUGCAAGGAGUCGAAAGGAAGAUCUACAUGUUGUGUGGCUGGACUUGGCGAACGCUUACGGCUCAAUACCCCACAAAGUCAUUAGCUAUGCCCUCGAUUUCUUCUGGGUGCCCGUCGAAAUGAAGCAGAUUGUGGAGAACUACUUUGCAGACUUCAAGCUCAGUAUCAGCACAAGAUCUUUCACUACAGGCUGGCAGAAGCUGGAGAAGGGGAUUGCCAUGGGGUGUUCUAUCUCACCACUCCUGUUCACCAUGGGCUUCGAAAUCUUCCUAAUUGGCGCCAAACAGGUAGUGGGAGGUCUGAGAGCUCCAUCAGGAGAGAAACUACCACCAGUCCGUGCCUUUAUGGACGAUGUCACAAGUAUACUCCGAACUGCUCCGUGUACGGCUCGGCUGCUCCAGAGACUUGAGGAGCUAACUGAGUGGGCUGGUAUGAAGUUUAAGCCGUCGAAGUCCAGAAGUUUGUCACUAAGGAAGGGGAAGAUCUCCAGUAGAACCUUCUCAGUGAAUGGUCAAACCAUUCCAACUCUACAAGAAGAACCGGUGAAGAGUCUGGGGCGUCUCUACACAAAGGAAUACAAGGUGGCCAAAGUUCAACUUGUUCUGGAGUUGGAGGAGUCUCAAGACCCAGCAGUGAAAGCGGUAAACACGAACAUCAGCACUGGCAAGAAGUGGAGUGCUAAAGAGACCAUCAGCCAAGCAGUUAGCCGACUACAACAUAAAGACCUAGUGGGUGCAGUUCAGCUGGGAAGAACUGGUCUUGGAUGGGGGGAGCGAACACACCGGUGGUCCAACGCCAACUCCAGAGAAAGGAGACAGCUGGUAGUACAGGAAGUGAGAAGGAUAGAGGAGGAGAAGAGAAGAGUGGUGGCGAUUGGCCAGAGCCAGCAGGGUGCGUGGACAAACUGGGACGGAGCGGUAGAGAGGAGACUUAAGUGGAGCGAUGUGUGGAACAUCCAGAAUGCCAGACUGAGCUUUCUGCUACGGGCAGUCUAUGAUGUUCUUCCCAGUCCCAGAAACCUCACCCGUUGGUUCAAGAGUGAAGAGUCCUGCCAGCUGUGUGGUCUUGAACAAGCAGACUUGAAGCACAUCUUGUCCAACUGCUCAGUUGCAUUACAACAAGGCCGUUAUACGUGGAGACAUAACAAAGCUCUCCGUCAAAUUGCAGUAACUCUAGAGGAAGUGAGGAAGGAAACAGCAGGAACAGACUCACCACUACAGCCAAUCCAGUUCGUAAGAGUGGGCAGCAGCCCUACAGGGGCAACCAGCUAG